AUGGAAGGCGAAACAGCCAUAGUCUCAUCAACUAGUCCCGAUCAUAAAAAUGAUUCAUCAUCUCCAUUUAACACUAACUAUUCACAACAACAGCAAUCUAGAGCAUCUUCCACUCAUGUUCGGCCAAAUACAAAUGCAAGUGGUUCACAACGAAAUCCAAGUAUGCUCGAGCGACAUACCCUACCGGAAAUACCUCAUAAUCCAUUGACUGCUACUGUUUCACAUGUUGUCUCAAGAGAGCUUGGAGAAAAUUUUCUCAAAACACCAAUGCGUCCAGAAACUGUUAAAAAAUUAGUUGUAUCAGGCAAUGUUGAUGAUAUAACACAUCGUUUAUAUGUUCAACAUUUACGUGAAAUUCAAGCUAAACGAGAAUAUCAAUUACAAAAAAUUGGACAUGAUGAACAAAGCUUUUUAUUAGCUCAAUUUCAAGCAUAUGAUAAAGAAGUUGCUGAAGAAAAAACUCAUCUAACAAGUUUGUAUGUCGAUGAACAUGCAUUGACAAGAGAUCAAGUCAUACUUCCAAGAGAUUUUCUUAAUUAUAAUCUUCAACGAUAUAUUAAACAAUCAUCUAAAGAAGAAUCAAAAUCAAAAGAAGCUACAGAGAGUAUCAAACAAGGAUCUGAUGACGAGAAAAAAUUGCCUAAACUUACGCAGCCAAAUAAAAAGAAAGCUUUAAAUACUCUAUGGAAAGAUCAAAUAAGCGUACCAGAAAGAGAUUACAAUCGGGCUCGUUUAAAAAUGAUGGACAAUUUAACAAAUUAUUCAACAAAUCCACGAUUUGAUGAAAAUCGACAACAUCAUCUUAUUACGACAGGACCUAUCAAUAAACCUCCGCCUCUAUUACCCGUAUUCGAAGCUCUUCCAUCUGAAAUUGUUUUUACUCAAUAUCGAGUUGGUGAUGUUCAUGAAACAACAUUAUGUUUACGAAAUUUGAGUAGUGUCGCACAUAGUUGUCGAAUCGUUCCACCAAAAACACCGUAUUUUUGUGUUAGUCUUCCUCAAUAUCCAUCCGGUCAUUCACUUGUGGCUACUGGAUUAAGUGUUAUAUAUAAUAUUAAAUUUUCACCGGAUACAUUAGGUGUUUUUCAAGAUGAAAUUAUUGUACAAUGCUCAAAUGGAACUGAAUUUGCAGUUAAAUUAUUAGCCAAAAGACCACCGCCAGUACUUACACUUUCAUCAUUGGUUGAUUGUGGAUAUUGGCUUGUUGGUGGACGUAAAAUGUGCGAAUUUAAAGUACGUAAUGAUGGUGGUGAAGGACGAUUUGCUAUUGUUCCAGCUUCAUCGUGGCCAGCAAUCAAUUUUAAGACUGUAGCUCGUAGUGAAACUAUUCAUUUACCUCCAUUUGAAAUAGCUCCUCCAACACUUGACCUUCGUCCUGGAGAUACGUUUUCAUUACAUGUUUCAUUUAAUCCUCAAAUACCUGGUGAAUUUAUUGAAGAAUUUAGUAUGAUUUGUGACAAUGGUGAAGUUUUACGAUAUAAACUCAAAGGUGUUGCCCAAACAAUUCAAGUUCGUCUUGAAGAUAUUGAAGGCGGUGUCGUCGAUUUAAAUGAACUCGAAAUACGUGAUAUUUCAGCACAAUAUUCAAUCAAUUUUAUUUCAAUAAAUCCAUUCUCUUAUUGUCAAAAGAAGAUGACAAUUAAAAAUUUAACAAAUGUUGAAUUACCAUUUAUAUGGGCAUUACUCGAGCCAGUACUUUAUACACGUGAAGAUUUUUCAAAACAAACUCAACCAAUUGAAAUUGAAAGAAUCGUUUGUGAAGCAUCACAAUUUCAUGUUGAACCCAAUCGAGGAACGUUUCCUCCAUUAGCAACUGUAGACUUUCGUCUUAUUUUUGCACCAUCACAAGUCGGCAGUUUUCAUACAGUUUUCCAUUUGAUUGUUCCCAAUGCUCCAUCGUAUCCAACACCAUCACCAAGUGCACAACUUACUGGUGCCAUAAGUCACUUAGCUAAUGAACGAGCUCCUUCACCAGAUCUAUUGCCUCGUAAUGCUGCAAGAAUUUCCACAAUGCCAUCAACAACUAUUCAAAUCGCUGAUUAUACAGUGUUACGAUUUGAAGCGCGUGGUAUUUGCGAAACUUUUAAAUAUGUAUUUGAUCCGUUUGCCAUUAUAUUCAUGGAUAAACUUUAUAAAAAUUUAGCAUACAGAAAAGAGUUUCAAUUAACUAAUACAAGUAUCAGUCCGCUGAUGGUUAACUGGGCAAAUAUGAUCGGUGAACAAAUCAUUAAUGUUGAACCUGUUGUUGCAGAAAUUCCUUCUGAUGCUACUUGUCAAUUCACAUUGAUCUUAACUGGAACAAAAAUAGGUCAAGCAAAAGUUGAAUUACCAUUUAAACUCGAUGGUAUGGAAGAUUAUGGAUAUUUGCAUGUUGAAGCAGAAAUUAUAGGUCCUGAUAUUGAAACUAAUUCAGCUACAAUUGAUUUUGGUUUAGUUGAAUACGGAGAAAAAGUUCAAAAACUGGUUAAAAUAAAAAACUUAAGCCCAAUUAUUGCCAAAUGUCAUGUGCAAGAAAACCAAUCUAAACCACUAAUAUCUUUACCAAAUGGGAGCGAAAUACUACUUAAACCUAUUGAAGUAUAUGAAAUGUCUAUUUGUUUAUUUGCCGAUGAAGAAGGCGCAUUAUUAGAACACUUGGAAGUGAUUGUUGAAGAUGGGAAAACUAUACCAAUUGAAAUAACAGCAAUUAUUCAACGGCCAAGUGCUUAUAUUUCACCAGUUGAACUUGAUAUCGGUGAAUCCUUUCUUCAUGUUCCAAUCAUUCGGCAAGUUGAAUUAAAAGCCAUAAAUGGAUUACCCACAUAUUUUCAAUGGGGCGAAGCAGCAUGUGCUCAUAAAGAUCAAUGUUUAGUUGAAAUACAUCCUCGAGAAGGAAUUCUUUAUCAAGGUAAACCAUGCAUGGUUCAAAUAAUGUUUAUUGCUCAACAAUGUGGAACAUUGAAUGACGAUUGGAAUAUUCCAUGUUACAUACAGAAUGCAUCACAACCAAUUUUUCUUAAAUUAAGUUCUAUAAUGAAAGGAAUGAAUGUAGCAUUUCUAUAUGAAGAAAAUACUUAUCAAUAUGGUGAUCAGUUUACACUUGAUUUUAAUCGCGUUCAAUUAGGAGAAAAAGCAUCUUUACAAUUAUCAAUCACUAAUUUAACCGAUAUAGAAAGUGGAGUCAAAGCGAAAAUAGCGAAAUUUAAAACACGACCAUUGUCAGUUGCAAACGGGCGUAAAACACAAAAUUUUGAACCUACUGAACAAGAAAUUGGUGUUGGUUUCCAUUUGGAAAACUCAGAGACAACUGCCUAUGCAUUGCCUCCUCGUGAAACAACGAUUAUUCCAUUGUCAGUUACGAGCUCUAUGUGGGGAGACUAUACUGAUACUUUGCAGCUUCAAAUUGAAGGGAUGGACUCAAUAAAAGAAAUUCCUAUUCGAGUUCAUAUAACUGGUAAUCCAAUAAAAACAUAUUUAAGUACAAGUAAAAGCGACAAAGCUUCAUCAUUACCUGUUCUACAAUUCGGUUCAAUGUUACAUAAUUCAUUGCCAAUAACAAAAAAAGUUCAUAUGCAAAAUAUUUCACAUAUACCAAUACGUAUUGAUUGGGUUGUUUAUGAUGUUAAAGAAGAUACAACAGAAAGUUCUAAACUUGUUGAACUUAUACCAGUUAUUGAUAAUAAUCCAUUUGAUAGUUUUCUAAGUGAUACAACUAUUGUGGAGCGUAACGAAGAAAUAAUAUCUCAAACAGCCAUGUCAUCGAAAACGACAUCAAGAGGAAAUUCAGCGUUAUUAGCUCAUUCAUCAGUCAGCAUCAUGGAUGAUAAACCAACACCAUUAAUUAGACUUUAUGUCAAGCCUUAUCAAGGCAAACGAACUUCCAGAAUAAAUCCUAUCUAUUCUAUUGCAUCGUUAAAAAAAAUUGUUAAACCAAGAGAACAUUUUUAUCUUGAUAUAACUAUAACACCACGCAAUUGUUCAGUAAAAGAUUAUCCCUUGAAAUGUAAUGCACGAAUAAUCGGUGUAUUAAGUGUAUCAGAAGAGAGACAAGGUUCACAAAGUCAAGGCUUCUAUCGACCUAUAUAUUAUGAACAUGAAGAACAAAUUCAAUUUGAUAUGCAUGCAUCACUUGAAAUGCCAUCAUUACGUAUCGAAUUGAAUGACGAUGAUUGUAAUGGCGAUGAACCCGAUGCAGUCUCAUUUGCUAUUCCAGCUGGCGAUAUAUUAUCAUGUCAACCUAAUCUAUACAAUUGCACGUUACCAUCAUCAACGAAAUCUUCAUCAAGAGCCGUAUCAGCAAAAUCAACAUUAUCAAAUCGAAAUCGUCAUGAAAUAACCUAUUCGCGUACAUUAAAUUUAUUAAAUACACGACAAUGUACAAUACCAUUUGAACUUGCUAUAUCAGAUUCCUCAUUUCUUUCGUUUGAACCAUCCGUAACAACAAGUUUAACGUCACAAUCAAAAGUUAAUGUAGAAUGUCAUUUUCGUUUGUCCACCGAAUUUAUUGAUCGUUUUCGUCCCGCAAAUUUAAAUAGAAACGAAUCUUUAUUAUCGAAAAUUGACGAAACAAUAACAGUUGAACAUGGACGUCGAAUACAUUGGCGUGAGCAAUUGUCUGUUAAAUUUAAACAAAAUGAAAUGGAACAAAUUAUACCAAUUGAUAUAAAACUAUACUUUCCAAUAUUAAGUGUUAGUUGCGAUCGAAUUGAUUUCGGAACAUGUUUUCUUGAGCAAGCAAGACAAAAGGAAUUUAUUCUGAAGAAUUUAACUUGUUCAUCGUCCGCAUGGUCAAUACGAAAAGUUCAAGCUAAUAUUCCUGAAGCUUAUGAAGCAUUUCGAAUUGAACCGAAAUGUGGUAUAUUAACAACUCAAUUAAAUUCAAAGGACAGAUCAGUUCAACAAGUCGUAUCAGUUUAUUUCACGGCUUCACAUAAUCAAACGUACGAAUGUCAAUUAUUGAUUGAAGGUCUACUUGGUGAACCACCAAUUUCAGUAUUCUUAACUGGGCAAGGUUCAUACGAUGGAAAAUACGAAGCAAUCCUUGAUAUUUAA